AUGCUCCCACGCCUUAAUAACACUGGUACUUCUUCUUUCUUCCCUUCUCUUCCUAUUCGUGGGUGUCAAAUUACUGCUGAAACCUCCUUAUUUGAAGGGAACCACACAAGUGACCUUAGUAAACAGCGACAACUUAUCAGGGUACGAGAAUUUACGGUCUCUGUACUGUGUCGUGAAUCACUGGCUGGCAUUGGCAUGGGUAUGAAAGAGAGUGAUAACAUAAGCGGCACACAUGUGAAGGGGCAUCAUGACACAGCUGUAGGCCACCUGGAAUUUUGUUCUGAGAGAAAGCUCUCCACUCACAUAUCAUCAGGGCCAGCUCAUUUAUACAGCCUGCAGGAUGAAAAAGACAAAUUCCUGGAUUUAGCUGUGAAAGAGAAUAAGAGGUAUGCAGGUAAACACAGAACAUCAGAGCUUAAUAAAGGGGAGUCCUGA